AUGAGCGCGACACUGCACCUCUUGGGUCGGUUACGUGAUCUGAGGAACAAGAAACAACAUAUUGUUCUCAAUGGCAACAACCUCGACAUUGCUUCCAUCGUCGCAGUUGCCCGCCAUGGAGUUCAGCCGACAAUUAGCACAGAAGAGCUGCUCACCAAGCGGCUCGAAAUCUCUGUCGACACUCUGGCAGAUGUGAUCUCUCAGAAAUGUGUCAUAUACGGCGUCAACACCGGUUUCGGUGGCAGUGCAGACACUAGAACCAAUGAACUCAUCGACCUGCAGACCCAUCUGCUCCAAUUUAUCCAAAGCGGAAUCAUCACUGCCGCCGACAAAGAUCCCGCCAGCAACUCAGAACGGGAACCUUCCCAUGUCAUGCCUCUCCCCUGGGUUCGAGCCGCCAUCGUGGCUCGAGCCAAUCAAAAUCUGAGAGGUCAUAGUGCCAUCCGGAAGUGCGUGCUCAAGAGCCUGAUUGACCUGCUGCAAAAUGGCAUUACGCCCCUAAUUCCACUGCGGGGGAGCAUUUCGGCAUCCGGGGAUCUUAUGCCUAUGGCGUAUAUUGCUGGUGCAAUUAUGGGCAACCCAGAUGUAUUUGUCCAGGUGGGAAAGGGAGCACAAGCCAGAGUUAUGUCCUCGCCAGAGUCAUUGAAGAUGAGCGGGCUCUCCCCGUCGGGACUCGGACCAAAGGAGGGGCUAGGACUAAUUAACGGCACUGCUCCUUCUGUGGCAGUGGCAAGCCUGGCACUAUAUGAUACACAGCAGCUUGCCUUGUUGUCUCAAAUGCUGACGGCUUUCGCUUCUGAGUGCUUGGCCGGGAAUGUAGAGUGGGCUCACCCUUUUAUUCAUGCUACUCGACCUCACACUGGACAAAUUGAGGUUGCAAGCAAUAUCCAGCGCUUUUUGAAGGGUUCCAAAUUUGUCGUUGGCUUGGAGUCACAGAAGACAUCCGGCGAUGGACUCUGCCAAGAUCGAUAUUCGACAAGAACAGCGCCUCAAUGGAUUGGUCCUUACCUUGAGGACCUUCUCCUGGCGCAACAUCAGCUCGAAGUAGAGCUCAACUCCACAUCAGACAACCCUCUAGUUGACACGAGCAAACAAGAAGAUGGUUCCAGUGGGAAGGUUUACUCCGGUGGAAAUUUCCAAGCCGUUGCCGUCACAUCAGCCAUGGACAAGGCCCGUUUGGCUAUUCAGAUGAUAGGACGAAUGAUUUGGUCUCAGGUCACCGAGAUCAUCAAUCCUGCUACAAACAAUGGCCUCGAGGCUAAUCUCAAUGCUACCGCACAAGAGAACUUCACCAUGAAGGGAAUCGACAUCAACAUGUCAGCAUACAUGUCCGAGCUAGCAGCCCUGGCACACCCGGUCUCAGCCCACGUCAUGUCCGCCGAGAUGCAUAAUCAGGGUAUCAACUCCCUGGCUUUGAUUUCAGCGCGACAAACCAUCGAGGCUGCAGAUCUAUUGGCUCACAUGUGCGCCUGCCAUCUAUAUGUCUCAUGUCAGGCCGUCGAGAUACGCGCAAACCACGUCCGAUUUCUAUCAGCCCUCCGCAUCAAGAUGGAGGAUUUCACUGCAAGCGGGGCCUUGUAUGGACUUGGAUUGAAUGGCUCACACAUUCAGACACUAUGCGCGUUACUCCUACCCAUCGUCCAGGCAAGCUGGUAUCGCGCAAACACCAAUACCUGGAAAGACCGUGUGCUGUCUGUGGUUGAUGCUGUUAUGGCGCCAGUCAACGAAUUCAUGGCCACUCACGACCCAAACUGUUCGGUGUCAACGAUCGUUGCAUUUAAGAAGCAUUUCCAGAGCUUCGUUUACAGCACAGCCGAGGCAAUGUUUUAUCCCAGCCCAACUAUUUCCCCGGAUGAGGUGGUCGCACAGCUUGGCGGCGGCACUGCACAGCUGUAUACAUGGGUACGCUCGAAACUCAACGUGCCUAUGAAUUGUGGUCUCCACGAUGAUCCUUUGUACAACGCACAAAAGGGCCUUCCCACAAAGGGUAAAAGGAGCAUUGGAAGCUCGGUAAGCACGAUAUAUGAGAGCUUGCUGGAGGGUGAAAUGAUGGAUAUGAUUUUAGAAGGUUGGAUGCAGGACGAGGCUUAG